CAGGUUACGCGAUACUCUGCCCCGCUACCCUGGGCUCUGCCUCCCGGCCCAGCCUGCCAGGCCGAGCUCACGCGUUCCUCGGCCCCGCCCACACGUACGCCGGCCCCAAAGCCGCACCCAGCCCAUUGACGUUGGGCCCAGCUGGCUGCGGGGUUCAGCGCUCCUGCGAGCAGGGCGCGGCCCGGGUCUCCAGCGUCCACGAGGGACCUCCAAGGAAGCUCGCUCGGGAGGCAGAGGAGGAAUCCGCCGCAGGUCAGGCGGGGGCGCGGCGCGGGGAGCGGGAGAGGGCGCCGGGCCGCGAAUGAGGUGCGUGCCCUGAGGGCCGCGGCGCCCCUCGAGGAGGAUCCCAAGGACACGGGAUUGGGCUCAGGGGCCCGGACCACGGCCUGGGAGGACCCGCGGAGGCCCUGAGUCCCCAAAGCCUGAGUCCCCCAACUCCUCUGAAACUUCUUGAGGCGCGGGCUGCGCAGGCGCAGGUCUCCGCCCUGCUUUGAUGGUUGCGCUCAGGACCCCACUUCUGCGCCUCCUGGUCCGGCUGCUGCUGCUGCUGUCGGACCCUCUCUGGGCGGCCUGCGCUGAAGCCCACCUGGGUUGCUUCUGAAGACCCUCUGCCACUCUGGCAGUUUCUUCCAACAAGGUCAAGUGGUCAUGAAUGUGGGGAUUAGUCCCAUGGGCAGAGGGAAUGUAAACCUUGCUGGGACAUGAGGCUGCUACCAGGGAAUGUCCUUUCCCUCCUCAAACAAGGAAAUAAUGCCAGCUUUAGAUGGGGGAGAACACCGUGUGGGAAGGAGCAGUCCUUCCCCUGCCAGCUCAGCCCUUCACAGAUGUUAUGAGAUAACAAAUGGAUCCAUGCCCUACUCACCACUAAACCUUCCUCAUGCAUUUCCCGUACAGGCACACACUCUUUGCUAUGAAUUCAUCAUCAAUCCUAACCCCCCACCUGGACAGCUGUGGUGCAAAAUUCAAGGUCUGGUGGAUCUGAAGACUUUUCUUUGCUAUGACUGUGUUGCUGCGAAGGCCAUAUCCACGGAUGUCCUUGGAGAGAAGGUGAAGAGCACAAAGACCUGGCAACAGCAGUCAGAAAUGCUGCGGGAUGUGUGCAACAGGUUGAAACAAGAUCUGCUUGACCUUCAACUAGCGAACUGUACAUCCCCAGAAAACAAUUGGACGUUGGUCUGUGCAAAAAGUCCAGCAGCGAAGCUGGGUGUGGAGGAAGAACGGGGUCAGAUUAAUAGCUCAGAGGAGGUGGAUAUUGGGCAGGGGCCAAGGAUUUGUCCAGAGCUGAGGCUGUUCUCUUUCCAGGGGGCAGCUCCCCUCAAGCUGCGGGCCAUCAUGACCUGUCACCAGAAAGCUAGUGGACACUUCAGCGGGUUCUGGGAGUUUGGCUGCAAUGAACAGACUUUGCUCCGGGUUGACUUGAACCAAAGAAAGUGGACAGAGGUUCCCCCUGGAUGGAGGUGCAUGAAAGAGAAGUGGAAGAAUGACAAAGAGCUAUUCCCCUUCUUAUACCAGACAUCAAUGGGGGAUUGUGGCUCAUUUUUGAAGGAGUUCAUGGAACACUGGAAGGAAAGUCUGGAGACCAGAGAUUGAAAAUGCUCCAGAGAAGCUCCUGAAAAUGUGAUGAAGAAAAAUCCUUCUGCUGACUGGUCCUCCGCUAAGCCAUCACCUGCUGUCUAUUCCUAGGCUCCAGGAAAUCUUUUAGACUUGGGCUCUCCUGGCCUGGAUCUCCUGUGCUGCUUCAGAUGAAGAGGGGAAUCAGCAGACCUCCCACUUACUCCCUUCAGGCCCAUUGUGAGCCCAUACCCGAGGGCUGCAUGAGUUGGACUGUUCUGUGACAGCUUUAUCUCUCCUGACCAACAGCAGCCCAUUCCUCUGCUGCUUCAGUGCCUUCCAGUGGUCCUUGGCAUCUCAGGGUCCAAUUAUUUCCAGAAAGUUACUUGUACUUGAACAUCUCAUGCCCUUUGUGGUAUUUUGGGUAUUACCACUGUG